AUGACCCUACUGCAUAAUCGCUGUAUUUGUGGCUUUAUCCAGACUAAAAAUCGACAAACUAAUAAGCACAAUUCGAAACGAGCGAUUUUUUUCUCGGUCGUGGUCGAUUCUGUUGUUGGCGUUGUUGCUGCCGCUUGUGCUGUUGCAGCCGUCGGCUCUGCACUUGAUCGGUUGGCGACCGCCGUUCGUUUUGCACUUUUGCCUCCCACCCAGUCUCCAUUGAACCGCGCCGGCCACACUGAUCGUCCCACCUCCGUCCCCGGUCUGCACUAA